AUGACCACCAGAUGCAUCCUCCAAAUGGCUUUCCUGCUGUGCGUCUCCACCAAAGCUCUUUCUAAGAGCCUCAACUUGCUUCAGUUUCAACAAAGACAGAGCACUUUGGCUUGUCAGAAGCUCCUGCAGACGUUGAAUGGGACCCCUGAAGCUUGCCUCGAGGACAGGAUGAACUUCAAGGUCCCGAAGGAGCUUGAGCAACCACAGCCGUUCCAGAAGGAGGGCGCUGCGUUGGUCAUCUAUGAGAUGCUGCAGCAAAUGUUUGGCAUUUUCAGAAGAAACGUCUCCCAUACUGGCUGGAAUGAGACUAUCGUUGAGAACCUUCUAGUCGAGUUCUACCAGCAGAUGGACCGUAUGGAGCCAAUCUUGGAGGAAAAUACAGAGAAGGAGAGCACUGGCUUGGGAAAUAUGGUGAACAUUCUGCACUUAAAGAGCUACUACUUUAGGAUCAACCGCUACUUGCGAGCCAAGGCCUACAGCAGCUGUGCCUGGACCGUGGUCCGGAUGGAACUCCUCAGGAACUUAGCCUUCAUCAGCAGACUCACGGAUUACCUCUAA